AUGGGGGUUAGUAAAUCUGCUGCGCGCAGCUGGUUUCGGCCCCGCCGCUGCGCGCUGUCCUCGACGUAUGGACGUCUGGCGUCGGGAGGCGCCAGGAACAUCCUCUGUGUGGGCUGCUUCGCUCGCCUUCCCUUUUGCUGCCCCCCCUUCCCUUCGCCCCGGAAGGCGGCUGCGCAGGUCAGAAGCGGCGAGACCAAUCGUGUCAUCUGGAUGUGCUGGACUGGCAACAACGCGGUGCCCUCUCACCUGCGGCUGUGCCUGCGUACGAUUCAGCGGAACGCCGGGUUGCCAGUCAUACUGGUGACGCCCAGCAACGUGCUUCGCUUUGUGCCUGACCUGCACCCAGCAUACGAGUUCUUGCACCUGCAGCACCGCGCAGACUAUCUGGCCGGCUCCCCGGGCCGCUACCCCAUGGGUCCAUUCAAGCCCAACACCGGCCUAACGCGGAAGUGGCUCGAGGCGCUUCGCGCCAAGCUUGACCAGGCCCUCCCCGUCUUUCAGGCGCGGCAGGGCUACCCGUUCUAUUGGCAGGAGAUCCUGAGAGACAUUUUCGUGCCCGCCAGCCUCGUUCACAGAGACAAGGUUGCCCGGGCGGAUGUCGUCGGCGACAGGGUUGCCCAGUUAAGUCGGGCGUGUCUCUCUACAGGAGGAAUAUUCCAAACUAAAAAAGGUUGA